CACACUUUUGUUCAAGCUCAACAGCUGAUUACUUUGUUUCUAUUUGGUUCUGUUUUUGGCUAUUAUUUUGCAUCAUUUUUCCGCGAUAAUUAAUCAAAAUAAUUUGCAUAGAGCAUAUCCAGCAGAAUUAUGUCCAGAUUGAGCCACACCUGAUAAUGAUAAGAAGCUAGAGAGCUUCCAUUUGGACCCAUAGCUAAACUUUGGAACUGGGUUAAAAAGAGAAAUAAUUCAUAUUCAUAUUUUUGCUUGCAUUCCUCGAUUGGCUAUUCCAGAGGCUGGCAGUUUUAAAAUGGAUUUGGAUGAGGUCUCAAACGGCGGCGGCAGCAGUGGCUCAACCGGCGAUUUGAUUCACCGUUUUCGUCAUGCUGGAGACUUAACCGGCGAAUCAGCAACCCGCCAGUUUGCUGAGAUUAGCAUUACAGUGCCCUGGGGUCAUAUCUCUGGAAAAUGGUAUGGCCCACAGAAUGUUCAACCGAUUUUGGGUCUACAUGGCUGGCAGGAUAAUGCAGGAACAUUUGAUCUUCUAGUGCCUUUACUAGCACCCGAUGUGGCUUUUUUGGCCAUAGAUUUGCCUGGUCAUGGUCUAUCGUCUCGUCUGCCGGAUGGUUGCUAUUACAAUUCUGUGGAUAAUCUUUAUGUGAUACGUCUCAUUAUGAAGCAGUACAAAUGGGAAAAAGUCUCCCUAGUGGGUCAUUCCAUGUCCUCGAUUAUAUGUUUCGUCUUUGCCGCUGUCUUUCCCGACAAAGUGGACAUGAUAAUUGGCAUUGAUGCCUUAAAGCCACAUCAGCGACCAUACCCAUCGGUCAUACGCACUAUGGAGACCCGUUUGGAUGAGUUUUUGCGUGAAGAUGAACGGAAUCGCAGCAAAAAUGAGCCACCAAGCUACACAUAUGACGAACUGAUCGAACGUGUGUAUAUUGGUACCUUUCAUUCGGUCAAUAAGGAGCACUGCAAGCAUAUAAUGGCUCGUAAUAUACAGAAAUCGGGCAAAUAUCCAGAUAAGUAUUUCUUCUGUCGUGAUCGCCGAUUGAAGUUCUACAAUUAUGCCAUUGGCUCGCAGGAACUAUGCGUUGAAAUGGCACAUCGUAUCACCUGUCCGUAUCUCUUUAUUAAGGGCACUCAAUCGUCAUAUUUUGAGGAUAAGAAAUAUUAUGAUGAGGUCCUAGAGAUACUGAUUAAAAAGUCCAAUUUUGAGUAUUUAGAGGCAAAUGGCUCACAUCAUAUGCAUAUGAAUAAUCCGGAGGAUAUCAUUGGACCGGUUAACAACUUUAUACAAAAAUUUGGUCCAGCAGCUGCGGCAGCGGCACGACAAAAGGCCAAGGAGGCCGCAAAGGAGAGCAAGCUCUAGUGGUUGAGGUCAACAAAUCGAGCCUGAUUUACUAGCUGUGCACAGGAUUGCUUUUGUCGUUUUUUUUUUUUAAAUACAUUUUUUUCUUACUUGUAUGUAUGUACAUAUAUCUACUUAAUGAUUGUUGAUUUUAUAUAUAUGUAUAUUUAUGCAAGUGUAUGUAGAUUGUGUGAGAGAUGCUAUAAAUAUACCUUCCAAGUAUAUA